AUGGCCGCACCAUUCCAGGACGCCGUCGUCCUCUUCGGCGACUCGAUCACGUCGCAGCAGUAUGUUCCCGGCUCGAUGCAGGCGCGUUUCUGCGACGCGUACCGACGCACGCUCGAUAUCCUAAACCGCGGGUAUGGGGGAUAUAACACGCGCUGGGCACGACAGAUGUUUGACACGAUCUUUGAGAAGAAGGAGAACGCGGCGCACGUGCCUGCUGUGAGACUCGUCACUAUCUGGUUCGGUGCUAAUGACUCUGUCCUCGCGGACGCAGAACAGACCGUGUCGCAACACGUCCCGCUGUCAGAGUACGAGGCCAACCUUCGCUUCUUUCUCGACAACCUCACCUCCCCCACAUCACCAUACGCCGUCGCUCACGAGCAGGGGCUUAAUAUUGUGCUGGUGACCCCGCCGCCGCUGUGUGUGUCGAUUAUGGGCGACUGCCCUUUCGCCCGUGAGCGCGUGCCCGCUAUCACGAAGGAGUAUGUCGACGUCGUCCUCCGCCUGGGAGAAGAAUAUGCGGCCAAGGCAACAAAGGACGGAAACUGGCGCCUCGGGACGGUGGACAUGUGGGACGCCACGAUCAAGGCGGCAGGAGGUGAGGGCGAGGAACUUGCCAAGUAUCUGAGCGACGGACUGCACCUCACGGCUGAGGGCUAUGCCACCUUCUGGGCCGAGUACACCAAGCUCGUCAAGACUGUGUUCAAGGGCCGAGGCCUCGAUUGGGAGAGUCUCGACGACCUGCCCCUCCGCAUGCCUCCGUGGGACCAGGUCGAUGCCACGAAGCCCGACGUCCUGGGCGGUAUGCGGUUGCCGCCUAUUCGCACAGAGCAGUUGUAG